UGCGCGUGAAACAUGGUGAACGGUGAACGAGUCCGAUGUGUCCCCGUCUGACCUGCACGCGAUAUACGCUACAUGUUGGGUAAAGGCCUGAAGCGGAAGCUGGAGCAGGAGGAAGAGGAUGGUGUGAUGAAGAUGAGCUGUCUUCAGGAGGCGUCACCCGUCUGUUACUGGCUGCAGCGGCAGACCGUGCUCAACCUCUCGCUGCUGAAGCUGCACAGCCGUCCGGGACACUCGGAGCCGGGCCUGGCCCGCAGGGUGCUCAUCACCAACACACUCCGGCUCAUCCAGGACGUCCCGGCACCCCAGGCCUUCCCCAGCGGGGUCGAGACUCAAAGUGAGGGCAGCUUGAUGCCCGUGUCACAGCUGGAGCAGGACGGACAUCUGUUUCUCUGUCUGUCUCCGUCCAUCUCCAGACAGCAGCCUCCAUCAUCCUCCGUUUUUAAAGACAGCUUCGCCUCAGCACUGGCUGAAAUUGAAGAUCUGUGUCCGACUGUAGGAAUAACCACUUUAUUUUCUACGGAGACAGGCCGCUCGCUCGCCUCAGACACAAAUUCAGAUGAAUCCAGGCACACAGACCCAGAUCUUUCUGAAAUGAACAGCGGUACAGGCUCAGCGUCAUCUCUCUCUGACUCCGCCCAGUCACUGUUUGGCCACACCCCCUCACUCCUUGCCGAUUUCUCAUUGGACGAUUUCCUGCUCUCAGAGAUAGACAGCUUGCUGUUUGAUAACGUCCCCUGCGGGAGCUCGGGCGCAUCAAAAGUGGUUUCCAUUGUAACAGACGACCUCGUCAAGACGCUCACUGGUUACGGUAACGGCGGGACGAGCCAAUCAGCGCUUCCCUCUACUCAGACGUUCAAACUGGAUCUGAACGAACUGGAUCACAUCAUGGAGGUUUUGGUUGGCUCGUAAUCUGAUGUGCAAAACGUUUGAAACUGUACUGAAUAUUACGGUCAAUUUUUCUAUUUUUUUGUAUUAUGGUAUGUUACUAUGAAAUUAAAGGGUUAGUAAAAGGGUUGUUACUAUGGUAAAAGAAGAUAUAUGCAUGUGUGUGUAUAUUUAUUUUGAUACAGUAUCAAAGGCUACACAAUACAUUGAUGUAAUAUAUUGCAACCAUUUUAUAAUGUUAUAGAAUGCUAUUUCAGUAUUUUUCUUGUGGAAAUUUCAUAUGAAUUAUGUUAUAUUUAGGAUUAAA